UAUAUGAAACCCUGUAUUUUUUUAUGAACAACUCUGUACUUUUUAAGCUUCCAAAUCCUCCAAUUGUCGAAAUAUCCAUCAAAGAUCAACAACAAAUAGAUUCAAUUUUACCAAUUAUUGAAGCCAAAAAACGUAUUAUGCAUGCAUUUAAUGAUUUGGAUGAUAUAUUCCUUAAUGGCCCGAUUUUGUUUGAAGAAAUAAUUUUGUCUGAUUUUAAUAUUUUUCGUCUAACUGGGAAUUUUUCGGCAAAUUUUAAUUUAAUUUUCAAUAAAAUUCAAUCUUAUUUAAAGCUAAAUCCAAGUCCAAUACCUUUUGAUGAAUUAAAUAGUUGGGAAUCUUCAUUUCAAACUGAGGGAAUAUUUAAUAGUAGAGUUCAAAAAUGCAUUUUAGUUGACAGACUUUUGUGUGUCGGUAUAGCUAAAUCUUUGCCUGUUUUUGAGAAAUUGACUUUAUCUGAUCAGGUAUAUAUAAUCCAUAUGGAGGUGCAUAAGAAUUUUGCCACCUAG